AAAUCGGCCCGGAUUUCCGAGUUCGCUUCGAAGACGUCCGCAUGCCGAUGUGAAGAUCGAUGCGACAGCUGCUGGUGUUCCUGAUCCCAUGCUCAGUGACACUAUGCCAAGUCUCAGGCGCCUGCCCGAGCGAAGUGCACGGCGCGCUACUGUGGCCGCUCUCCGUGGCAGCACUGGCGCUGCAGGUGCUGUUGGGCAAGCGCAGCAACUGGCUGCACUUCCUGUCGCUCCUACUGAUGCUUUGGGCCGCGCAAGCGCUGGUGCUGCUGGCGCCUUUGGUGCCCCACGUGGAGGUACCCAUGGCGCGCAUCGGCGAAGGCGUCGAGGGCAUCCAUCCAAUCCGGGAGGUUCCCACAUCGGAAGCCCUUGAUGGCUUCGGCGGCUCCCUCGUUGAAAAGGGAGGCGCCAUCCGCAGCAUCUCGGUGGUGCUGCCCUGCGCCGAGGAGCGAGAGAACGCCAUCCGCACGGUGGAGCGCUUCUGCCGGCGCACCCCCAGCGACAUCCUCAAGGAGGUGCUGGUGGUGGAUGAUGGCUCGAAUCCACCGCUGGUGGAGCUCUUUAAGCAGAACGACCUGCGUUUGGACCAGGAUCCUAGCUGCGUGGUGCGCUUUCUCCGUCACGAGGUCACCACGGGCCUCAUGGCCGCCAAGCUCACUGGGGGCCGGGAGGCCCAAGGCGACGUCAUUGCCUUCAUCGACUGCCACUGUGCACCGCAGGAGAACUGGUACCAGGAGAUCCUGGAGCAAGUCCGGCUGAACCCCCGGCGCAUGGUGGUGCCCGCCAUCACGGACCUGGACAUGGACACCUUUGACGAGCACAAGGACUCCCAGGUGAAUGCAAAAUGCUACCUGACUUUCGACGCAGACUUCAAAUGGUUCGACGACGAGUCGGACUUCAUCCCCACCAUUAGCGGGGGAUUGGUGGCCAUGGGCCGGGAGUGGUUCAACCUCACCGGGGGCUUCGACGAGGGCAUGCACGGCUGGGGCGGCGAGAACUUGGACCAGUCGCUGCGCGCCUGGCUCUGCGGUGGCGAGAUCGUGCGGGCGAAGAGCAGCCGCAUCGCCCACAUGUGGCGCACCUCGGACCGCCGCACCGCGACGCACUACCGCAUUAAGGCGCGGCCGACCAACAAUCGUGGCCGCGUGGUGGCGGCGUGGUUCGGGCCCUUCCGGGAGGUCGCCCGGAGUGCCGCAGUCGAUGAGGCGGCCGUGCAGAAUUAUGCCAGCUUCAAAGAGAGGCUGCAUUGCCGGCCCUUCAGCUACUUCAUCUACCGCUUCCGGAAGCUCUACCUCGAGGGGGGCGUUCUGGCGAGGGAGUCCUUUCAGCUUCAAGAGGUAUCUUCUGGUCUUUGCCUGCAGACGCAAAAGUUGGGUGAUUGCGGGCCUGGCCGCUCUCGCCUGCAGCUGGGAAACGUCGACAGGUCCACGGGCAAGUGCUGCUCGGGCCUUCGGAUUCAUGGCAGCAACAACUGCUUCGAUUACUUUGACAAGAGCGGCAUUCAUCCCUACGCCUGUGACGUGAUGGGGCGUAACAUGAACCAGCAGUACCGCCUGCUGGAGGACGGGCGCCUGCAAAAGGGUGACACGGACUGCAUGGUGGCAGGCUCAGGUCAACGCGUGAGCCUGAAACCCUGCAGUGACCUGCAGCCUGGGGAGGGCCUUUGGAAGAAGAUCGACGUGCAGGAGACCAAGGAGUACCAGGUGUAUCGCCGAGAGCUUGCCAAUGACCAGUGGGAUACAAAGUUUCCCCAGCUGCCGGACAACUGACGGAAGC